UGGCUUGCCUUGCAGCUGGCGCCAUGAGCAGCGACACUGAAAUGGAAGUGUUCGGCAUGGCCGCUCCCUUCCUCCGCAAGUCGGAAAAGGAGAGGAUCGAGGCGCAGAACCAGCCCUUUGACGCCAAAACCUACUGCUUUGUGGUCGACUCGAAGGAAGAGUACGCCAAGGGGAAAAUUAAGAGUACCCAGGAUGGGAAGGUCACGGUGGAAACCGAAGACAACCGGACCCUGGUGGUCAAGCCGGAGGACGUGUACGCCAUGAACCCACCCAAGUUCGACCGGAUCGAGGACAUGGCCAUGCUGACGCACCUGAACGAGCCGGCCGUGCUGUACAACCUCAAGGACCGCUACACCUCCUGGAUGAUCUAUACCUACUCGGGCCUCUUCUGUGUCACCGUCAACCCCUACAAGUGGCUGCCGGUGUAUAACCCGGAGGUGGUGGAUGGCUACCGAGGCAAAAAGCGCCAGGAGGCCCCGCCCCACAUCUUCUCCAUCUCUGACAACGCCUAUCAGUUCAUGCUGACUGAUCGUGAAAACCAGUCCAUCCUGAUCACCGGAGAAUCCGGGGCAGGGAAGACUGUGAACACCAAGAGGGUCAUCCAGUACUUUGCAACAAUUGCAGCGACUGGGGACCUUGCCAAGAAGAAGGACUCCAAAAUGAAGGGGACUCUGGAAGACCAGAUCAUCAGUGCCAACCCGCUGCUGGAGGCUUUCGGGAACGCCAAGACCGUGAGGAACGACAACUCCUCCCGCUUUGGCAAGUUCAUCCGAAUCCAUUUCGGCACCACGGGGAAGCUGGCCUCUGCAGAUAUUGAAACUUAUCUGCUGGAGAAAUCAAGAGUGACUUUCCAGCUGAAGGCUGAGAGAAGCUACCACAUCUUCUACCAGAUUCUUUCUAACAAGAAGCCGGAGCUCAUAGAGCUGCUGCUGAUUACGACCAACCCUUACGACUACCCGUUCAUCAGCCAGGGCGAGAUCCUGGUGGCCAGCAUUGACGAUGCGGAGGAGCUGCUGGCCACGGAUAGUGCCAUUGACAUCCUGGGCUUCACUGCAGAGGAGAAGUCCGGGCUCUACAAGCUCACGGGCGCCGUGAUGCACUAUGGGAACAUGAAGUUCAAGCAGAAGCAGCGGGAGGAGCAGGCAGAGCCUGACGGCACCGAAGUGGCUGACAAGACAGCCUACCUGAUGGGCCUGAACUCCUCAGACCUCCUGAAAGCCCUGUGCUUCCCCCGGGUGAAAGUCGGGAAUGAGUACGUGACCAAAGGUCAAACUGUGGACCAGGUCCACCAUGCUGUGAAUGCCCUUUCCAAGUCAGUUUACGAAAAGCUGUUUCUGUGGAUGGUCACUCGCAUCAACCAGCAACUGGACACAAAGCUGCCAAGACAGCACUUCAUUGGGGUUUUGGACAUCGCUGGCUUCGAGAUCUUCGAGUACAACAGCCUGGAGCAGCUGUGCAUCAACUUCACCAACGAGAAACUGCAACAGUUUUUCAACCACCACAUGUUCGUGCUGGAGCAGGAGGAGUACAAGAAGGAAGGCAUCGAGUGGACGUUCAUCGACUUUGGGAUGGACCUGGCUGCCUGCAUCGAGCUCAUCGAGAAGCCCAUGGGCAUCUUCUCCAUCCUGGAGGAGGAGUGCAUGUUCCCCAAGGCCACAGACACCUCCUUCAAGAACAAGCUGCAUGACCAGCACCUGGGCAAGUCCAGCAAUUUCCAGAAGCCCAAGGUCAUCAAAGGCAAGGCCGAGGCCCACUUCUCGCUGGUGCACUACGCGGGCACCGUGGACUACAGCGUCUCGGGCUGGCUGGAGAAGAACAAGGACCCCCUGAACGAGACCGUGGUCGGGCUGUACCAGAAGUCCUCCAACAGGCUCCUGGCUCACCUCUAUGCCACCUUUGCUACCACGGACGUUGACAGCGGAAAGAAGAAAGUUGCCAAGAAGAAGGGCUCUUCCUUCCAAACUGUCUCUGCCCUUUUCAGGGAAAACCUGAACAAGCUAAUGUCCAAUUUAAGAACUACGCACCCUCACUUUGUGCGCUGUAUAAUUCCCAACGAAACCAAAACCCCAGGUGAGACAGCAGCCGCUCUCUGGGCGGUGGCCGGUCUCCGGAAAUGCUGUGCGGAGCUGACGUCCUUGCUUCUUUCCUCAGGGGCCAUGGAGCACAGCCUGGUCCUGCACCAGCUGCGCUGUAACGGGGUCCUGGAGGGCAUCCGCAUCUGCCGGAAGGGCUUCCCCAACCGCAUUCUCUACGGGGAUUUUAAACAAAGAUACCGAGUGCUGAAUGCCAGUGCAAUCCCAGAGGGACAGUUCAUCGACAGCAAGAAAGCUUGUGAAAAGCUGUUGGCCUCCAUCGAUAUUGACCACACUCAGUACAAAUUCGGACACACCAAGGUGUUCUUCAAAGCUGGCUUGCUGGGAACCCUGGAAGAAAUGCGUGAUGACCGCCUGGCCAAACUGAUCACUCGGACACAGGCUGUGUGCAGAGGGUUUCUCAUGCGUGUGGAAUUCCAGAAGAUGGUGCAGAGAAGGGAGUCCAUCUUCUGCAUCCAGUACAACAUCCGCGCCUUCAUGAACGUCAAGCACUGGCCCUGGAUGAAGCUCUUCUUCAAGAUCAAGCCCCUCCUCAAGAGUGCGGAGACCGAGAAGGAGAUGGCCACCAUGAAGGAAGAGUUCCAGAAGACCAAGGAUGAACUGGCCAAGUCGGAGGCCAAGAGGAAGGAGCUGGAGGAGAAGCUGGUGACUCUCGUACAAGAGAAGAAUGACCUGCUGCUCCAAGUACAGGCUGAAAGUGAAAACUUGUUGGAUGCCGAGGAAAGGUGUGAUCAACUGAUCAAAGCCAAAUUCCAGCUGGAGGCUAAAAUCAAGGAGGUGACCGAGAGAGCUGAGGAUGAGGAAGAGAUCAAUGCUGAGCUGACGGCCAAGAAGAGGAAACUGGAGGACGAAUGUUCAGAACUGAAGAAAGACAUCGAUGACCUUGAGCUGACACUGGCCAAGGUUGAAAAGGAAAAGCAUGCCACAGAGAACAAGGUUAAAAACCUGACUGAGGAGCUUGCUGGGUUGGAUGAAACCAUCGCAAAGUUAACCAGGGAGAAGAAGGCCCUCCAGGAGGCCCACCAGCAGACCCUGGAUGACCUCCAAGCUGAAGAAGACAAAGUCAAUUCUUUGAGUAAAACCAAGAGCAAACUGGAACAGCAAGUCGAUGAUCUGGAAAGCUCCCUAGAGCAAGAAAAGAAGCUCCGGGUAGACCUGGAACGGAACAAAAGGAAGCUGGAGGGAGACUUGAAGCUUGCCCACGAGUCCAUAUUAGAUCUGGAGAAUGACAAGCAACAGCUGGAUGAAAGGCUCAAGAAGAAGGAUUUUGAAUAUAGUCAACUGCAGAGCAAAGUGGAAGAUGAGCAGACCCUGGGCCUCCAGUUUCAGAAGAAAAUCAAAGAGCUCCAGGCUCGCAUCGAGGAGCUGGAAGAAGAGAUUGAGGCGGAGAGGGCGACCCGUGCAAAGGCAGAGAAACAGCGCAGCGACUACGCCCGGGAACUGGAGGAGCUGAGUGAGCGGCUGGAGGAGGCGGGAGGCGUCACCUCCACCCAGAUCGAGCUGAACAAGAAGCGGGAGGCCGAGUUCCUGAAACUGCGCAGGGACCUGGAGGAGGCCACCCUGCAGCACGAAGCCACGGCGGCUGCUCUGAGGAAGAAGCACGGGGACAGUGUGGCCGAGCUUGCCGAGCAGAUAGACAACCUGCAGAGGGUCAAGCAGAAGCUGGAGAAGGAGAAGAGCGAGUUCAAAUUGGAGAUCGACGACCUCGCCAGCAACGUGGAGAGUGUGUCGAAAUCCAAGGCAAAUCUGGAAAAAAUAUGCCGAACUCUGGAGGAUCAGCUAAGUGAGGCCAGGGGCAAGAACGAGGAGGCUCAGAGGAGCAUGAGUGAGCUGACGGCACAGAAGUCUCGUCUUCAGACAGAGGCUGGGGAGCUGAGUCGCCAACUGGAAGAAAAGGAAAGUAUAGUAUCCCAACUCUCUAGGAGCAAGCAAGCUUUCACCCAGCAAACAGAGGAGCUCAAGAGGCAGCUGGAGGAAGAGAACAAGGCCAAGAACGCCCUGGCCCACGCCCUGCAGUCCUCCCGCCACGACUGUGACCUGCUGCGGGAACAGUAUGAGGAGGAGCAGGAAGCCAAGGCCGAGCUGCAGAGGGCGCUGUCCAAGGCCAACAGCGAGGUUGCCCAGUGGAGGACCAAAUACGAGACGGACGCCAUCCAGCGCACAGAGGAGCUGGAGGAGACCAAGAAAAAGCUCGCUCAGCGCCUUCAAGAUUCCGAGGAACAGGUUGAGGCAGUGAAUGCGAAGUGCGCUUCCUUGGAGAAGACCAAGCAGAGGCUGCAAGGGGAGGUCGAGGAUCUGAUGGUGGACGUGGAAAGAGCCAACUCCAUGGCCGCAGCUCUGGACAAGAAGCAGAGGAACUUUGACAAGGUGCUGGCUGAAUGGAAAACGAAGUCCCAGGAGAGCCAGGCGGAGCUGGAGGCGGCCCUGAAGGAAUCCCGCACCCUGAGCACCGAACUCUUCAAACUGAAAAACGCCUACGAAGAAGCCUUAGAUCAACUUGAAACUGUGAAACGAGAAAACAAGAACUUGGAGCAGGAGAUAGCGGACCUCACAGAACAAAUUGCUGAGAAUGGCAAAACCAUCCAUGAACUGGAGAAAUCGAGAAAGCAGAUCGAGCUGGAGAAGGCAGACAUCCAGCUGGCUCUGGAGGAAGCGGAGGCUGCCCUUGAGCACGAAGAGGCCAAGAUCCUCCGAGUCCAGCUGGAAUUGACCCAGGUGAAAUCGGAAAUCGACAGAAAGAUCGCCGAGAAGGAUGAAGAGAUUGAGCAGCUGAAGAGAAACUCCCAGAGAACGGUGGAGACGAUGCAGAGCGCGCUGGACGCCGAAGUGCGCAGCAGGAACGAGGCCAUCCGGAUCAAGAAGAAGAUGGAGGGGGACCUGAACGAAAUUGAGAUCCAGCUGAGCCACGCCAACCGCCAGGCUGCCGAGACCCUCAAGCACCUCCGGGGUGUCCAGGGACAGCUGAAGGACACCCAGCUACACCUGGAUGACGCCCUCCGGGGCCAGGAGGACCUGAAGGAGCAGCUGGCGAUCGUGGAGCGCAGAGCCAACCUGCUGCAGGCCGAGGUGGAGGAGCUGCGGGCAUCACUGGAGCAGACGGAGAGGGCCCGGAAGCUGGCCGAACAAGAGCUCCUGGACUCCAACGAGAGAGUGCAGCUGCUGCACGCCCAGAACACCAGCCUCAUCCACACCAAGAAGAAGCUGGAGACAGACCUCAUGCAGCUCCAGAGCGAGGUUGAAGAUGCCAGCAGGGACGCAAGGAAUGCGGAAGAGAAAGCAAAGAAGGCCAUCACAGAUGCGGCCAUGAUGGCCGAGGAGCUGAAGAAGGAGCAGGACACCAGCGCCCACCUGGAGCGGAUGAAGAAGAACCUGGAGCAGACGGUGAAAGACCUGCAGCACCGUCUGGAUGAGGCUGAGCAGCUGGCCCUGAAGGGCGGGAAGAAGCAGAUCCAGAAGCUGGAGACGCGGAUCCGAGAGCUGGAGCUGGAGCUUGAAGGGGAGCAGAAGAAGAACACCGAGUCCGUGAAGGGCCUGCGGAAAUAUGAGCGGCGGGUCAAGGAGCUAACUUACCAGAGUGAAGAGGACAGGAAGAAUGUGCUGCGACUGCAGGAUCUGGUGGACAAGCUUCAAGUGAAAGUCAAGACCUACAAGAGGCAGGCGGAGGAGGCUGAUGAACAAGCCAACGCGCAUCUCACCAAAUUCCGAAAAGCUCAGCAUGAGCUCGAGGAGGCUGAAGAGCGGGCCGAUAUUGCAGAAUCCCAAGUCAAUAAGCUUCGCGCUAAGACCCGAGACUUCACCCCCGGCAGGAUGGUGGUCCAUGAGAGUGAGGAGUGAGCGACCCUCUUCUGGAACAGGGCAGAAGAUAUGCAAAAUGUAUAUUUUCAUGGUACCUGGCCAUUUUACUUAAUUUCCAUGGAACUGCUUUU